AUUAUAUUAUUAAAACUGAUAUAAAAUAUUAUAUUAUAAAUGAGGGCAGGGGCCAGGUAAAUGACCUUGGAGGGCCGCAUCUGGCCCCCGGGCCUUAGUUUGGGGACCCCUGGGCUGGAGUCUCAACUAAUUUAACCUAUUUUGUGGCAGCCAGAAAACCACAAGUGUCUGGAGUAGAACAACCACUUUCAAAGCAAUUACAUCACAAUUAAACAGGAGAUAACACUUUCAAACCAGGAACAGAUUUCCCCCCCAGUUUUUGUUUACAUAGUGAUAUCAGAGUAAAAUUUUGUCAAAGGUAUAGAAUAAUGGGAGUUGUAGUUUGCCGAGGCACCAGCUCUCUUUGGCAGCGAAGGCAAACGUCCUGGCGAAACUACUCCUCACCAGAUGCCACAGCGUUGAGCCAAGGCAGUGAAGACUGCAUUCAUUCUGCAGCGUGGAAACAGUUUUGGGGUUUUUGGGUUGCAUCUACAUGGUGGAAGGAAUGGCGUUUGAGACCACUUUUCCCCGCCAUGGCUCAAUGCUAUGGAAUCUUGGGAGUUGUAAUUUCACAAUGUUUGUAGCCUUCUCUGCCUAAGAAUGCUGGGUCCUCACCAAACUGCAACUCCCAUCAUUCCAUAGCAUUGAACCAUGGCGGUUCAAGGGUGCAUCCACACUGUAGGAUUAAUGCAGUUUGACUCCACUUCUAACUACCACAGCUCCAUGGCAUGGAAUCGUGGUAUGUGUAGUUUUGCAAGGCCUCUAGCCUUGUGUCAAGGUGCGAAGGUAGCAUGGGCAAACUUAAACCCUCCAGGUGUUUUGGACUUCAACUCCCACAAUUCCCAACAACUGUUAGGCUGUUAGAAAUCGUGGGAGUUGGAGUCCGAAACAUCUGGAGGGCUGAAGUUUGUCCAUGCCUGUGCUAGGGCCUCACCAAACUACAAAUCCCAUAGCAUUGAAGCACAGUAGUUAACAUGGGGCCCAACUGCAUUAACUCUACAGUGUGGACACUUGUACGUUCUUAAUCAUCGCCAGAUUUUGCCACCUCGACUGGUGCAAACUGGGCCACCUAUGCCCACUAUGGGAUGGUCUUUUGCCCCCCAAGUCAGGUCCCACCUGAGGGCCGGCCCUUUCUCAUCCUAAGGGAACUGCAAGGGGAAGCAGGACCUCCCAUGUUUGACGGCGGUGUGUCUUGCUUUGGGCGUUUAGGCCUGGACUUGCCUGGCUGCUUCCUCGCUCACCAUUCCCUGCCGUCUCCCCUGCCGUGGAGGCCUGGGGGGCCCUGCAAGAUGAAGAGGGUCCGCACCGUCUUCACCCCGGAGCAGCUGGAGCGCCUGGAGAAGGAGUUCCUCAAGCAGCAGUACAUGGUGGGCACCGAGCGGGUGGACCUGGCCGCCAACCUGCACCUGACGGAAACCCAGGUGAAGGUUUGGUUCCAGAACCGGCGCAUCAAGUGGCGCAAGCAAAGCCUGGAGCAGAAGGAGGCGAAGCGGGCGCCUCGAGGGACAACAACACCAACAACAGUUGCAGGUGGCGAAAACGACAUAGAAGUUGUGGAUUAGCCCUUGAUCUUUGUCCUGGAUUGCGACUGGACAGAACUGGGGAGUCUUAGUGGGUCUCUUGACACGAAUUCCUGGAGAAUGCCGGGGAUCGGACUCCAGGCUGAUUUCUGCAUGCCGUGUAUGCGCCUCUACCUCUUCUGAGUGGUCUUAUUUGCUCACUGUUUUCAAUGAAGUCUUCAACCACGGAGAGGUGAGUUGAAAACUCAGGAAAUGGAGAGAGACAGAGACCUUGUUAUCCUUCUGCAGCACAACCUUGGAGGGUCAAAAAAAUCUCUCCCUUCUCCACCAGGCUCCAAGCAAUGGGGUCCCUGGAGUGCUUGUCCCAUCUGGAUUCCUCCAUCAGACGUAUGGCAACACCCUAAGUUUCAUGGGUUUGCUAAAGGCAGAGACUUUGGCCAGUUCCUUCCUCUGAAAUGGAGCCUCCAGCGCUGGGAUUCAUGGGCUUUGGGAAAGCUCUUCUUCCUUUUGGACGGCCACUCUCAGAAUCCCCCAGCCUUUGCUGCAUUGGGUCCGUGUUCUGUGCAAGGUCCCUUGGGGUGCAUCUCCGCUGUAGAAGGAAUGCAGUUCGAAACCACUUUAACUGCAGGGUUGUUGGGUGUUUUUUUGGCUGUCUGGCCAUGUUCCAGAAGCACUUUCUCCUGACGUUUCACCCACAUUUAUGGCAGACAUCCUCAGCGGUUGUGAGGUACAGUAGAGUCUCACUUAUCCAAGCUAAACGGGCCGGCAGAACCUUGGAUAAGCGAAUAUCUUGGAUAAUAAGGAGGGAUUAAGAAAAGCCUAUUAAACAUCAAAUUGGGUUAUGAUUUUACAAAUUAAGUACCAAAACAUCAUGUUAUACAACAAAUUUGACAGAAAAAGUAGUUCAAUACGCAGUAAUGUUAUGUUGUAAUUACUGUAUUUAUGAAUUUAGCACCAAAAUAUCACGAUAUAUUGAAAACAUUGACUACAAAAAUGGCUUGGAUAAUCCAGAACCUUGGAUGAGUGAGUUGGAUAAGUGAGACUCUACUGUAUAUUUGAAAAAAAAAACUAGGCAAGAGGGGUUGAUAUGUCUGUGGAAUGGUGUCCAGGGUGGGGGAAAGAAAGAACUCUUGUCUGUUGGAGACCAGUGUGGAUGUUGUAAUUAAUUGCCUUGAUUAGCAAUAAUGGCCUUACAAGCUUCAUUCCUGCCUGGGGGAAUCUUUUGUUCAGAGGUGCUACCUGCCCCUGAUUGAAUCAUGUCUGGAAUUUCUCUGUUUUCAGAUUUUCUUUUUUCAGCCUGGGCUGUGGCGCAAGCUGGUGAGCAGCCAGCUACAGCCAGCUGAGACCAGUCACUCUGACCAAGAGAUCAUGAGUUCGAGGCCAGCUCGGAGCCUGCGUUUGUCUUUGUCUUUGUUCUAUGUUAAAGGCAUUGAAUGUUUGCCUUAUAUGUGUAAUGUGAUCCGCCCUGAGUCCCCUUCGGGGUGAGAAGGGCGGAAUAUAAAUACUGGAUAUUAAAUUAAUUUACUGUUUUAGAGUUUUUAAGCCAGGACAUGAAGUUUGCAGGGCCAUUCAAUGCUAAUCAAGGUGAUUAAUUACAACAUUCACACUGGCCUCCAACAGACAAGAGUUCUUUCUUUCUCCCACCCUGGACCUUCCACUGAUACAUAAGCCUUCCUUGCUGAGUUUUUCCAAUAUACCUCACAACCUCUGAGGAUGCCUGCCAUAGAUAGAUGUGGGCGAAACGUCAGGAGAGGAUGCUUCUGGAACAUGGUCAUAUAGCCCGGAAAACACACAACAACCCUGUGAUUCCAGCCACGAAAGCCUUCGACAACACACUUUAAACUUCCAUUGUUGGACCUCACCAAAAUAAAAGAAUAAAGAAAGUUCUUAUGUACGAGCCGGAGUGGUGGUGCUAUAGGAUAUUUGAUUAUUUUAAUAGUUUUUAUGUGUUUUAAGGCAUGUUAAUUGACUGAAACUACAACUCCAAGGACCCCAUAGGCUUGAGCCAUGUCAGUGCCUCCAGCGGCGCAGUGGGUUAAACCCUUGUGCCGGCAGGACUGCUGACCUGAAGGUUGUCAGUUGAAUCCAACCUGGGAAGAGCACGGAUGAGCUCCCUCUAUCAGCUCCAGCUCCAUGCGGGGACAUGAGAGAAGCCUUCCACAAGGAUGGUAAAAACAUCAAACAUCCGCGUGUCCUCAGGGCAACGUCCUUGCAGACAGCCAAUUUUCUCAUACCGGAAGCGACUUGCAGUUUCUCAAGUCGCUCCCGGCAUGAAAAAAGGUGCAAGUGUGGUGAAAGUGCAGUGUGGAUGCACCCUUGAAAUGCACACUGGAUGUGCAUGGGUUUUGGCUGAGCAACUUCGUAUAUGGGAUCUUGCUCUAGAUUUUUUGGGAAAUCCUUGCAAAAAUCUCUUGCAUCCCUGCUUUCUCCCCGGUCUCCUUGCAUUUCUUUGAAAAGGUCCAGCGACUCUGUAAUCUCAGGGAAAUCCCUUCUUCCUUCCGCUCUUCUCCCUUUUCCUGCCUCUGAAAGUACAGCAUGGUAAAAUCGUCCGCCGAAGGAUAUUUAUUUAUUUAGACGUAUGUAGUUUGUUAUUAAAGCCAAACAUCCGAAAUGUAAUUUAUUAUUAUUAUUUUUUGUGUUUGUGUACCUUAUUAAAAUCUAGUUUCUAGAAAAAUGAAUGAAUGGAUGGAUUUUAUUAUGAGGGUUACAGACCAGGAGUGUAAAACUUAAGAAAGACAAGAGUUAAAGUGUUAACUUUUAAGAUCCGGAAUUCACAAGUGCUGCACAAAACUAUUAAGUGAUCGAUGGAUCCCUUUCUUCUGUAACAGGCAUGGGCAAACUCGGGUCCUCCAAGUGGUUUUGGGCUUCAACUCCCACAAUUCCUAACAACAGGGCUCCUCAAACUUUUUAACUGGAGGGCCGAUUCACAAUCCCUCAGACUGCUGGGGGGCCGGACUAUGAUGAAAGAGUCCAACAUUAGGAUUGUUGUUGUGUGCCUUCAAGUCAGUUCAGAUUUAGGUCAACCCUAAGUCUA